AUGUCCAAAGAGUUUCUGAAGAAAGAGCUCUCCCCACGCGGCUAUGAGAGCAUAUUCCCGAGCGGUGCAAGCAACAAUUCCUUCCUCUCGAAUCAAUCGCAAUCAACACCUCCACCUGCUCAUAGCAUUGACACGUUCACGGCGGCGUUGGAGCAAGCGCGUCAGAAAUACGAGGACAAGAGUCUGUCCAACAAUGUCCCCGUAAAGGUCAAAGCGUGGUUGACGAGUCUGUCCGCCCGGAUUCUGUUCUUCGGAAACAUCCUCGAUGUUCUCGCCCAACAGCACCCAGAGUGCGCCUCUCUGGCGUGGGGAACAUUCAAAUUUCUUUUUAUAGUAUGUAAAGUCACAUAUAUGUUUGUGCUCCAAAAUCAUUUUGAGCUCAUCAGCAAGAUCGCAAAGUGCGCCUCUCGCAUCGCCGACCUGCUGCCGCAGGAUAAGCUGCUUUUGGUUCUGUAUCCCGCGAACGCAAUGCGAGAAGCGGUGGCCUGCCUUUUCGCCAGCAUCUUGAAGUUCUUCCGACUGGCUGUGCAGUUUUGCAAGGACGGUCGCUUCAAGCAUUCGGUCAAAGCCACCUCCCAACCCUGGUCGCCGUCCUUCCAAGGCCUGUACGAGGAUGUUACCAUCCAGGCAGGGAAAGUUCAUGAGUUAGCAGCUAUAGCGGCCAAAGCGGAAUUGAGAGAUGCACAUGUGGAGAGCAUGGAGUUAAAAAGCAUGUCAAGUCAGAUGAAUAGCGAGGUCGCGGCACUCAAAUCGACCGUUAACGAAUUGAGAACGGUACUGGAGCAGAAGGUCGAUGCUCACGGAGGCCUGCUCACCAGAAGGUCACCAACCCCCUUCAUAUUCGUCAGACAGAGUUCGUUGAUAUAUCGCAAUCAGCACUGUACCAAGACGUCCGGCUUGAUCUCUCCCAGCAGCGAGAGCGUAUUCGCCAAGUUCACUUGA